GACGCCUCUGGACACCGUUUAGCCACAGGCGGCACAGACAGAGUGGUGCGGGUGUGGGACACGCGCACGCAGCAACGGCCUGUAUCACUCAAAGGACACGGAGACAAUGUCAAAGUUAUUCGUUUCAUGGACAACAUGGUGUUGAGCGGAGCGUCUGACGGGUCAGUUGUUCUGUGGGACAUGCGGCAGCACCGCAUACUACACACGUACUACAUACACAGCGAAGGCAUCUGGUGCCUCUCCAUUGCACAGGGCAAGGACCGCAUGUGGACUAGUGGAAGGGACGGGAACGUCGUGGAGACUA